GGUUAACUCCGUGCUCACCAGCAGAGUUAGCGCUUUCCCUGUGGGUUUGCAGGGCCUGCAAAGCUCACUAUGCUCUCAGAGAGAGAGAGAGGCCAGUCUGCUAGAGAAUCCAGAAUCUGCAACACAAAUGAUGACAGUCUGAAACACUCCCUGGUGCCAACCUCCACACUCUCAUCUGUCACUUCAGACCCUGACUAGUUGACAGAGCAGCAGAAUUUCAACUCCACUAGAUUUGAAUGUGCUUCAGGGCAAAGAAGCAGAGCUAACGAGGAGAGGGAUUUAAAGAGUUUCUCUUGGGUAUUUGUCAAACUUUAUUUCCUGACCGUGAGCAAAAGAGGGGAUUCAACUUCACCAUCAAUCUUCUACCGAGGAUCUAGGUCCAGCCACCAAUCGGAAGGUCUAAAAGCAUGAAGACAGUGCUCUUUUUCCUCUACAUAUUGGGAACUGCAGCUGCAAUCCCGACAAGUGCCAGGUUUUUAUCUGACCAUUCCAAACCAACUGAUGAAACACUGGUGACUCCCGACAAUACUGCCAUCCCCAUGGUGAGGGAGGAAGCUGCAGAAAAUGAAAAGGAAGUUGCAGAAUACACAGAAACCCAUUCUGACCAUAAGGAUGAAAAAUCUUCAAUACAAAGGUCAGAAGAGGAAAAUCAUGAAGAGUCAGCAGAACAGGACAAGACUUACAGCCAAGAGCUGGGAGUGAAGGAUCAGGAGGAUGGUGAUGGUGAUCUAAGUGUUAAUCUGGAGUAUACACCAAGUGAAGGUACCUUGGACCUAAAAGAAGAUAUGACUGAACCUCAAAAGAAAAUAUUCCCAGAAAGCACUGAUGUCCCUGCUGUUGCUUUAAGUUCCUUUGUGGAUUCUAACCAACAAGAAAAUAUCACAAAGGAAGAGGAAAACCAGGAACAACCUAUAAAUGAUUCACAUCAUGAGUUGAACAAGAACAGUUCACAUAGCCAAGAUCUAACUAAUGAAGGAAACCAAGAGCAGGAUUCAAAUAUUCCCAAUGGAGAAGAGGAAGAGGAAAAAAAGCCAGGGGAAGUUGGUACUCCCAUUGAUAACCAAGAAAGGGAAAAGGAAUUUUCCAGGGAGCAUUCUAACAGCAAGCAGGAGGGAGAUAGUAACCAAUAUGAUGAUAUUUUGGAAGACUCCAACCAACCAACUCAAAUAAGCAAGAUGCAGAAGGAUGAACUUGAGCAGGGUAACCAAGAGCAAGCAGAUAACACCAAUCCAGAAAUGGAAGAGGACCAUGCAUCAAAUAGCAAUAAGCACAUUCAAGACACCAAACGGCAGAACCAAGAAGGAAAAAGUGACCUUGAAGUUAUUGGCAACUACAAGAACAUGGAUAAAAAGACUGUUCCCACAGAACCUACUAAUGAUGGUGACAUCACACCUAGACAUCAUGGGGCCAACAGUGACAGGGAUAAUGAUGACCCUAGGCACAUUGAAAGUGAUGACUAUUAUCCAAGAGAGGACUUUUUAGAGGCUGAAAGAAGUCAAUCUACUGCCUAUUACCUCAAAUCUGAGCAAGAAAGAGCUCAUGAGCAUGACAAUGGAGGUACCAGCGAGGCUGGAGAGGAGCAAGACGCUAAGAAGGCCGAGAGCUCAUCAAAUGACAAUGACACUUCAAAUGAAGACAGCACAAGGCUGCACAGUGCUGAUUCUUGCAUGAACUUCCAGUGUAAAAGAGGACACAUCUGCAAGACAGAGCCACAGGGAAAACCCCACUGUGUUUGUCAAGAUCCAGUGACUUGUCCUCCAGCAAAACUCCUUGACCAAACUUGUGGCACUGACAACCAGACCUAUGCAAGCUCCUGUCAUCUGUUUGCUACUAAGUGCAGACUAGAGGGCACAAAAAAGGGGCACCAACUGCAGCUGGAUUAUUUUGGAGCCUGCAAAUCUAUUCCUAUUUGUACAGACUUCGAAGUGGCUCAGUUUCCUCUACGGAUGAGAGACUGGCUCAAGAAUAUCCUCAUGCAGCUUUAUGAACCAAACCCUAAACACGCUGGAUAUCUAAACGAGAAGCAGAGAAGUAAAGUCAAGAAAAUUUACCUGGAUGAAAAGAGACUCUUGGCUGGGGAUCAUCCCAUUGAACUUCUCUUAAGGGACUUUAAGAAAAACUACCAUAUGUAUGUGUACCCUGUGCACUGGCAGUUCAAUGAACUUGACCUACAUCCCAAGGACAGGGUCUUGACCCAUUCAGAGCUCGCCCCACUGCGAGCAUCCCUGGUGCCCAUGGAGCACUGCAUAACUCGCUUCUUUGAAGAGUGUGACCCCAACAAGGAUAAGUACAUCACCUUGAAGGAAUGGGGCCACUGCUUUGAAAUUAAGGAAG